CGGCUCGGCUCGGCACGGCUCGGCACGGCUCGGCUCGGCACGGCUCCCGCUCCCUCCCCGGCUCCCGCUCGCCAUGCCCGGUGCAUCCCCGGCGCCGCCGGCUCGGAGGCUCUAAGCGGGCGGCGUUGGCGUGGGCGCGGGGGUACCGCCGCCUCCGGUGGCCGCCCCGCUCCGCUCCGCUCCGGCUCGGCCCGGCGGGCGCUGCCCGCAUGAGGGCGGCGGGCCCCUGAAGCCAGCGGCCGUCGGGGCGCGGCGCGGCGGCCGUCGGGGGCGGGCGCGGCGAUGGGGGCUCUCCCGGCGCUGCUGGGGGCCGCCUUGCUGUGGGCCGGCGCCGGGGCCCUCGUCAACCUCAAGUACUCGGUGGAGGAGGAGCAGCGGGCCGGCACCGUGAUCGCCAACGUCGCCAAGGACGCCCGGGACGCCGGCUUCGUGAUAGACCCCCGGCAGCCCACCGCCUUCCGGGUGGUCUCCAACUCGGCCCCCCACCUGGUGGACAUCAGCCCCGGGUCCGGGCUGCUGGUGACCAAGCAGAAGAUCGACCGGGACCUGCUGUGCCGGCAGAGCCCCAAGUGCGUCAUCUCGCUGGAGGUGAUGUCCAGCUCCAUGGAGAUCUGCGUGAUCAAGCUGGAGAUCAAGGACCUCAACGACAAUGCGCCCAGCUUCCCCACCGACCAGAUCGAGCUGGAAAUCUCAGAGACUGCCAGCCCCGGCACCCGGGUGCCGCUGGAGAGCGCCUACGACCCGGACUCAGGCAGCUUUGGUGUGCAGAGCUACGAGAUCACCCCCAACGACCUCUUUGGGCUGGAGACCAAGACGCGGGGAGAUGGGUCCCGCUUUGCCGAGCUGGUGGUGGAGAAGAGCCUGGACCGCGAGACCCAGUCCCACUACAGCUACGUGAUCACGGCGCUGGAUGGUGGUGACCCGCCCAACUUCGGCACGGUGGAGCUCAGCAUCCGCGUCAUCGACUCCAAUGACAACAACCCGCUCUUUGAGGAGCCGGCCUACACCGUCAGUGUGCCCGAAAACGCCCCGCUGGGUACGCCGGUCAUCCGCCUCAAUGCCUCUGACCCGGAUGAGGGCACCAACGGCCAGGUGCUCUACUCUUUCCACAGCUACGUCUCUGAGCGAGCCCGGGAGCUCUUCCAGAUCGACCCCCAGAGCGGCCUCAUCACGGUCAGCGGCGCCAUCGACUACGAGGAGGGUCAUGUCUACGAGCUGGAUGUGCAGGCCAAGGACUUGGGGCCUAACUCCAUCCCUGCCCAUUGCAAAGUGACCAUCAGUGUGCAGGAUGCCAAUGACAACCCGCCCCUCAUCAACCUGCUCUCUGUCAACAGCGAGCUGGUGGAGGUGAGCGAGAACGCCCCGCCGGGGUACGUCAUCGCCCUGGUGCGGGUCUCGGACCGCGACUCCGGGGCCAACGGGCGGGUGCAGUGCAAGCUCCUGGGCAACGUGCCUUUCCGGCUCCAGGAGUACGAGAGCUUCUCCACCAUCCUGGUGGACGGGCGGCUGGACCGGGAGCAGAGGGACCAGUACAACCUCACCAUCCAGGCCAAGGACAAUGGCGUACCCUCCCUACAGGCCACCAAGUCCUUCACCGUCAAGAUCACCGAUGAGAACGACAACCAUCCCCACUUCUCCAAGCCCUAUUACCAGGUCAUCGUGCAGGAGAACAACACCCCAGGGGCCUACCUCCUCUCAGUCUCUGCGAGGGACCCUGACCUGGGCCUCAACGGCAGCGUCUCCUAUCAGAUUGUGCCCUCCCAAGUCAGGGACAUGCCUGUCUUCACCUAUGUCUCCAUCAACCCCAACUCUGGAGAUAUCUAUGCUUUGAGGUCCUUCAAUCACGAACAGACGAAGGCCUUUGAGUUCAAGGUCUUGGCAAAGGACGGAGGUAAUCCCUCUCUGCAGAGCAAUGCCACCGUCAGGGUGAUUGUCCUGGAUGUCAAUGACAACACGCCCGUGAUCACAGCCCCACCGCUGGUCAACGGGACUGCGGAGGUGUACAUCCCCAGGAACGCGGGGGUCGGCUACUUGGUGACAGUGGUCAAGGCAGAUGACUAUGACGAGGGUGAAAAUGGCAGACUUUCCUACGAAAUGGUGGAAGGAGACAGAGGAUUUUUUGAGAUAGACCAGGUCAAUGGAGAGAUAAGGACCACCAGAGCCUUUGGGGAGAAUGCAAAGACAGCCUACGAGCUGAUUGUAGUGGCUCAUGACCAUGGAAAAACAUCUCUGUCGGCUUCAGCCUUGAUUUUGAUAUACCUGUCUCCGGCCCUCGAUGCCCAGGAGUCCAUAGGAUCUGUUAACCUCUCCCUCAUUUUCAUUAUUGCCCUGGGGUCUAUUGCGGCCAUUCUUUUUGUCACCAUGAUCUUCGUGGCAGUAAAGUGCAAAAGGGAUAACAAGGAAAUCAGGACCUAUAACUGCAGAAUCGCAGAGUACUCCUACGGGCAUCAGAAGAAAUCAAGCAAGAAGAAGAAAAUCAGCAAGAACGAUAUCCGCCUGGUACCGCGGGAUGUGGAGGAGACGGAUAAAAUGAACGUUGUGAGCUGCUCCUCUCUCACCUCAUCCCUCAACUACUUCGACUACCACCAGCAGACCCUGCCGCUGGGCUGCCGCCGCUCCGAGAGCACCUUCCUCAAUGUGGAGAGCCAGAACAACAGGAACGCCGGCUCCAACCACAUCUACCAUCACACCUUCGCGGGGCAGAGCCCCCAGCAGCCCGACCUCAUCAUCAACGGGAUGCCGCUGCCUGAGACUGAGAACUACUCCUUUGACUCCAACUACGUGAACAGCAGAGCUCAUUUGAUAAAGAGCAGCUCCACGUUCAAGGACUUGGAGGGGAACAGCCUGAAGGACAGCGGCCACGAGGAGAGUGACCAGACCGACAGCGAGCACGACGUGCAGCGCGGCCUCUACUGCGACACGGCCGUCAAUGACGUGCUCAACACCAGCGUCCCCUCCAUGGGGUCCCAGGGCCCCGAGCCAGAUCAGAGCGAAGGAUUUCAUUGCAGGGAAGAGUGCCGCAUCCUGGGCCACUCGGACCGGUGCUGGAUGCCCCGCAGCGCCGUCCCCAGCCGCGCCAAGUCCCCCGAGCACGGCAGGAACGUCAUCGCCCUCUCCAUAGAGGCGACGGCAGUGGACGCGGAGCCUUACGCAGACUGUAGCGCCAAAAGGACCUUCGCCACCUUCGGCAAGGAGGGCGGCGAGCCGCCGGCCGAGGAGCGGGCCGGCAACCCCAAAGGCAAAAGAACGGUGGAGCCGGCCGCCGGCAGCCCCAAGGUGAGCGGCGCCGUCCGCGAGGCGGGCAACGGCUGCGAGGCCGCCAGCCCCGUCACCUCGCCCCUGCACCUGAAGAGCCCCGCGGCCUACGGCGGCCUGCCCUGCCCCGCCGGCCGCGGGCCACAGCCCCCGGCGAACACUGGCCCUGCCCGGCCCGCGGAGGCAGAGCCCAGGGGGGCGGACAGCGAGGGCGGCCUGCAGGAGGGCAACCCGCUGCUGCAGGACCGCAGGGAGAAGGACUCGCCGGCGGCCAGGAGACUGAGGGACAUCGUCCUCUGAGCAGCGCCCGGCUGCCGGAGGGGCCAGGCAGCAUGCCCGGCGUGGGUUGUUUUUAUCGCUUACCAAUGGUUCACAGAUCGCUGUAUUUAAAAGCUUUCCCUAAAUGUAUUGUUUAUAAAUGAAGCUGUUGUUAAUGUGACAAUCCCACUUGUUUCAGCAGGCGGCAGGGGUGUUCAGCAGGGCGAAUUAGCGCGUUUUCCUUUCGCCGGGAGGUGGCAGAGGGCAGGGGCAGAGGUGAGGCCCAGCCCGCCAGCAGCAAUGCUAGGUGCCGCGUCUCUUAGAUUUAUAUAUUUUUGUACCUCAGAACUAACACAAAUCUCCAUUCUGCUUAAGAACCGAAUUCCAAAUUCUUUAUUCGGUCACCUUUUUGUAGUCCAGGCAAAGCAAUGGCCAUUUCUCGCAUACAACUUGAAAAUUACAGGUCAGUGAGUUUUAAUAUUCACCCCACACAAGGCUGCUUCUAUCUGAAGAUGUUGCUAUUUUGCUAUGGACACCCCUGCAUUUAUGAAUCCUUUUGCUGUCACAUGCUUAUCUGUACUAUUAUCGUAUUUGAUAUUGCAAAUUACUGUAUGUCUAGUGAUGGCAAAAGGCUUUCAAGUUUUAAAAAAACAAGCAAUCACAAUCAUCAUACUGAAACCUUGGGGAACCUGCAGUUUCCAGACCCAGUGGAGCAAGUGCUUUUUCCAGUCCCCACCAUCCAUCCCCUGCAGCCUCCACCUGCUCUCUCAGGGCAGGGUGUUACAGGAGGGCAUUCUGGGGAAAAUUCUGCCUGAAUUGCAACCGUCAGAUGCACUGUGCUGAACUUUUUCCCUUAUCCAUUUCUUUUGCAUAACUUCCAGGCAAUGCAUGGAAAGUUUUUUUCCAGAAGUUUCUUUAUUUUAGUUCCCAGAUUUAGACAUGCCCUGUCUCUAGUCAUUUCAAAGUCAAAGUGGUGGAAUUAUUUAAGAGAUCUAAAUUACCUUCUCAAUUAGACACACACUUCCAAGUCAGCAUUUCCCAGUUGUGAUUAUGCUAAGUGUGUGUGUGUACGUAUGUCAUCAUGGCAUGGAUUUUAGACUGUUCUGAUUUCUUUUUAUCCCUGCAUCAUGAAUAAGUACGGAGUGAGCAAUAGCAAUGUUAAUUUAGGGGCAGACAGGUGAUACGUAACAACACUACUAAUUCAAUUAAUGUGCCUUCUUAAUGGAGAAAAAAUUAAAGCAAUUCAUUAUUUUUUCUCAUAAUUAAGGACUUUUUUUGUGUGGGUACAAAUUUACUCAUAUAAAAUUGAUUUAAAAAUUGAGCUACUUUAAUAGCCAUUUUGUAGAAGGGAGAGAGAGAAAGGGUUUCACAGCUCUCUGCUCUCUUGCAGUGAUAAUUCCUCAGUGAGGUAUGAGUAAGGUAGGAGGAUUUCAGUUAGUGUAUUAUUGUUAUUAACCCUUCACUUGACAGAUUUUCCUACCCUAAAUAAUGUUGCAUAGAAUUUAAAAUUGAUUAUGGGAGGGAAAAUAUAUAGCUCUUGCCGAUGUUUGCUGUACCAGCAAGUUGAAAUUAGUGGUUUCUAGAGAAAUAGUCUUUCUAGGUCUACAUAUCAUGAUAAAAUAUUUGUUACUUUGAUUUAUUUAAAUUAAAAACGUCAACAAGAAAACAAGCUCCAGUCAUUAUUGUCCUCAAAAUAAAAUAAGCUCAAGUAAUUUGUUUCUUCAGGGUGAAUUGAUACUGCCUGAAGUUUUAGCAAUUCUGAGAUAGGUCCGCAGUCAGUGUAUUCCCCAUGCCACUCGAUAGGGCCAGGAAUUUGGAAGGAACCAACAAAAAAAGGUCAUCUAAUGAAAUUUGUGAUGCUUCCCUCUCGUGUUAUUACUACCUCAUUCAGAUCAAAUCCUGUGCAUUAAUGUGAUGUCAUGUAUCCCUCCUAAAAGUGAACCAGGGAUUUUCCUCUCUGUUCUGGAGUUUGAGCCCAUUUUUAAGGGAUAUGUUAUUUUGUUGUUUCCUGCCUGCGUACUGUACUGCUGUCUUUUUUUUAAUUAUUAUUAUUAUUUUUUUACAAAUGUGUGUAUUAUUAUAACACAAGCGGCAGAAGAAAUGGGCUAGCUUGGGGCUGUUAAAGGAACUGGAUUUUCUGUAACUGUUAGGCUGGGUUUAUUCUGAUAUUACCUGUUUUUGUCAGCUCUGCUGGACUUUCUUUGGGGAAAAUCCAUGUAUGGUUUUGCUGAGCAAAAGCACCUGCUCGAUACCCAUCUGUCCCUUCUGUAGAAACUGUCCCCCACCUUCAGUCAUUGUCCCCCCAGUCACCCUAUGGGGCCACGGAGAGACCCCACACCUCCAUCUGGGAGCAGGAUGGGACCGGUGCCCCCAGCUAGCCCCAGCCCCCAUCACAGGCACAGGGACAGGGAGCGCAGUCCCCUCCGCCCCAUUCGCCCCAUCACUCUCACCACCUGCCUCCAGCUCCUGAAAAGCGCUGGCCGUUAAUUUGUGCUGAGCCUUGCCCUCUGCCUGCGGAGCUGCCACCACCAGCCCAGCGAUUUUGGAUGAAAAAUAGAUGCUAACUGAAAAGGAAGAAAGAAAGAAAAAAAAAAACAGAAACAUUUCUCUAAUUUACCCAGAGGAAACGUUCCU